AUUGCAGAAAGGCCUGUGGUGCUGACUAAACUCUGCCUGUCUGCCUCCUCCUCUCUCAUUCUGACGCUCUGCUUUGCUGCUGCUCACACACUCAGGCUCCUGCACUCAUUUCUCCGCACUGCUGCAAACAUGGUCGAGGCCUUUGUUGGCACAUGGAACCUGAAGGACAGCGAGAAGUUUGAUGAGUACAUGAAAGAGCUGGGUGUGGGCUUUGCCACACGUAAAGUAGGAAACUUGACCAAGCCCACCACCAUUAUAUCCGUGGACGGCGAUAAGGUGUGCUUGAAGACCCAGAGCGCAAUUAAGAACACAGAGGUGAACUUCAAACUGGGAGAGGAUUUUGAUGAGACCACCGCAGACGACAGGAAGGUUAAGUCCUUAGUGACAAUAGAAGAUGGGAAGAUGGUCCACACACAGAAAUGGGACGGCAAGGAGACCACAUUGGUCAGGGAAGUUGAUGGAAACAAGCUCACACUGAAACUGACCAUCGGAGAAAUUGUUUGUACACGUCACUACGAGAAGGCAGAAUAAGAACCAACGUCACAUCAACUAAAGCCCCAAAACCCAUUAAAACCCCUUAAACACAAGACGGAAAACUCUUUAUAAGGCUGCUAAAUACUCUCAGU